AUGCCGGGCAAUGGCAGCAGCGCGCUGCUCAACGUCUCGCAGCCGGCGCCGGGCGGCGGGGUCGGCGCGCGCCCGCGCCCCUCGUGGCUGGCCUCCACGCUCGCCUGCAUCCUCAUCUUCACCAUCGUGGUGGACAUCGUGGGCAACCUGCUGGUCAUCCUGUCUGUGUACCGCAACAAGAAGCUCAGGAACGCAGGAAAUAUAUUUGUGGUGAGCCUCGCAGUUGCAGACUUGGUGGUGGCUGUUUAUCCAUACCCCUUGGUGCUGACAUCUAUAUUCAGCAAUGGAUGGAAUCUGGGAUAUCUACACUGUCAAGUUAGUGGAUUUCUUAUGGGAUUGAGUGUCAUUGGCUCAAUAUUCAAUAUCACUGGGAUUGCUAUUAACCGCUACUGCUACAUCUGCCACAGUCUCAAGUAUGACAAACUGUACAGUAACAAGAAUUCCCUCUGCUAUGUGUUCCUGAUAUGGAUGUUGACACUUGUAGCGAUUAUGCCCAACCUGCAAACUGGAACACUCCAGUACGACCCAAGGGUCUACUCCUGUACAUUUGCACAGUCUGUCAGUUCAGCAUACACGAUCGCAGUGGUGGUUUUCCAUUUUAUAAUCCCCAUGAUCAUAGUCAUCUUUUGCUACCUGAGGAUAUGGAUCCUGGUUCUGCAGGUGAGACGAAGGGUGAAACCAGACAACAAACCCAAACUUAAACCACAGGACUUCAGGAAUUUUGUCACCAUGUUUGUGGUGUUUGUACUUUUUGCCAUUUGCUGGGCCCCUCUCAACUUCAUCGGUCUCAUUGUGGCAUCAGACCCUGCCAAUAUGGUCCCCAGGAUACCAGAGUGGCUGUUUGUGGCUAGUUACUACAUGGCAUAUUUCAACAGUUGCCUCAAUGCAAUUAUAUAUGGACUACUGAAUCAAAAUUUCAGAAAGGAAUACCGAAGAAUCAUUGUCUCCUUGUGUACAGUCAAGAUCUUUUUUGUGGAUAGCUCUAAUGGUGUAGUAGAUAGGAUUAAGUGCAAACCCUCUCCAUUAAUAACCAAUAAUAAUAUAAUAAAGGUGGACUCUGUUUAAAAACAAAACAAAACAUUGCUGACAAGAUUCAUUCUGCUGUAGCUCUUACUCCUUUUCAUAUCUGUUUUCUGUUGAUGUCUAGAAAACAGAGUAGCUGAGAAACUUGAAAAUCUUA